AUGGUCAACGCCUCUGAAUAUUUUUAUGGCACUGACUGCGUUGUCAAAUUACUUACUGAAAGGAUCAUGCUGGGAGCGAGCUGGCUUUUAAAGGUCAGACUUAUUUUGACACAAGAUCAAGUGUCUGAGGGCAGAAGUGGACCUGGAGAUAGAACUGAAUCCAGGUCUUCCACGUGCUCAGGUCCUGUACCCUUCUUAAUUUUCUCGCAUGGAAAUAGCAUCUUUAGGAUUGACCCAGAAGGAACAAAUCAUGAACAACUGGUGGUGGAUGCUGGUGUCUCAAUCAUCAUGGAUUUUCACUACAAAGAGGAAAGAAUCUAUUGGGUGGAUCUGGAAAGACAAGUUUUACAAAGAGCUUUUAUGAAUGGCUCAAUGCAAGAGAAAGUGUGCAAUAUAGAGAAAAAUGUUUCUGGAAUGGCAAUAAAUUGGAUAAAUGAAGAAAUUAUUUGGUUAAAUCAACAGGAAGGAAUCAUUACAGUAACAGAUAUGAAAGGAAACUAUUCCUACGUUCUUUUAAGCGCCUUAAAAUAUCCUGCACAUAUAGCAGUUGAUCCAGUAGAAAGGUUUAUAUUUUGGUCUUCAGAAAUGCCUGGCAGCCUUCACAGAUCCGACCUCAAUGGUGUUAAAGUGAAGACUCUGUUGGAAAUGCCACAGAAAAUACCUGCUGCGUCCUUGGAUGUGUUUGAUAGGCGGCUCUUUUGGAUUGGGUUCAGCACAGAUGCAAGCAGUUCUAGAAUCUGCUCUUGUGAUUAUGAUGGGGGCUCUGUCCGCUGCAGCAGACCCCAAGCACAGCACAAUUUGUUUGCAAUGACCCUUUUUGGUGACCGUAUCUUCUAUUCGACAUGGGAAAAGAGGACAAUUUGGAUAGCCAACAAGCACACUGGGAAGGAUAUGGUUAAAAUUAACCUCAACACGUCAUUUGUGCCACCAGGUGCAUUGAAAGUAGUACAUCCUCUUGUACAGCCCAAAGCAAUGGACGAUGCCUGGAGGCCUGAACAGAAACUCUGCAACCCCAGGAAGGAAAAAUGCUCGGGAAGCGUGUGCGGUGCAGACCCCAAGUCCGGCCAGUGCGCAUGUGCGGAGGGCUACACUUUAAGCCGAGACCGGAAGUCCUGCGAAGAUGUAAACGAAUGUGCCUUUUGGAAUCAUGGCUGUUCUCUGGGAUGUGAAAACAUCCUUGGAUCCUAUUACUGCACAUGUCCAGUAGGAUUUGUCCUGCUUCCAGAUGGGAAACGGUGUCAUGAACUAGUUUCCUGUCCUAGCAAUGCCUCUGAGUGCAGCCAUGGUUGUGUGCUGACAUCAGACGGUCCCCUUUGCUUCUGUCCUGAAGGCUCCGUGCUUGAGAAAGAUGGAAAAACAUGUAGUGGCUGUUCGUCUCCUGACAAUGGCGGGUGUAGCCAGCUCUGCGUUCCUUUCAGUCCCGUAUCCUGGAAAUGUGAUUGCUUGCCUGGGUAUGAUCUACAGCCAGACCAGAAAAGCUGUGCAGCUGCAGGUCCACCACCAUUUUUGCUGUUUGCAAAUUCUCAAGAUGUUCGACACAUGCAUUUUGAUGGAACAGAGUAUGGAACCCUGGUCAGCCAGCAGAUGGGAAUGGUUUUUGCUCUAGAUCAUGACCCUGUGGAAAAUAAGAUAUACUUUGCCCAUACAGUCCUGAAGUGGAUAGAGAGAGCUAAUAUGGAUGGUUCCCAGAGAGAAAGGCUGAUUGAAGAAGGAGUAGAUUUGCCGGAAGGUCUUGCUGUGGACUGGAUUGGCCGUCGAUUCUAUUGGACGGACAGAGGGAAGUCUCUCAUUGAAGGGAGUAAUUUGAAUGGAAAACACCGUGAAAUAAUCAUAAAGGAGAAUAUCUCCCAACCACGAGGAAUUGCUGUUCAUCCCAUGGCCAAGAGAUUGUUCUGGACUGACUCGGGGAUCAGUCCACGCAUUGAAAGUUCUUCCCUUCAAGGCUUUGGCCGAUCGAUCAUAGCCAGUUCUGAUCUGAUUGGGCCCAGUGGAAUCACAAUUGACUACGUGACUGACAAACUGUAUUGGUGUGAUGCCCAGAAGUCAGUGAUUGAAAUGGCCAAUCUGGAUGGUUCGAAACGCCAAAGACUUGCCCAGAAUGAUGUAGGUCACCCGUUUGCUGUAGCUGUAUUUGAGGAUUAUGUGUGGUUCUCAGAUUGGGCUGUGCCAUCUGUAAUAAGAAUGAACAAGAGGACUGGCAAAAACAGGGUACGUCUGCGAGGCAGCAUGAUGAAGCCCUCAUCACUGGUUGUGGUCCAUCCGUUGGCAAAACCAGGAACAAAUCCCUGCCUACACCAAAAUGGAGGCUGUGAACAUACUUGCCAAGAGAGAUUUGGAACUGCUCAGUGUUCAUGUCGUGAAGGUUUUAUAAAAUCCCCAGAUGGGAAAAAGUGCUUGGCUCUGAAUGGUGACCCGAUGUGGGCAGGUGGUGAAGCUGAUCUGAAUAGUCAGAUGACCCCAGUGGACACCUUGGGGACCAGAGCAUCAGAAGAGGAUGUUGCAGCAUCUAAGCACACACUGGUGAUAGAGAUCAUGGUGUCAGAGCAAGAUGACUGCGUACCUACAGGCUGUGGUGAGCAUGCCCAGUGUAUCUCUGAGGGAGAGGUUGCCACAUGCCAGUGUUUGGAAGGAUUUGCUGGAGAUGGAAAGCUUUGUUCUGAUAUAGAUGAAUGUGAGAUGGGGAACACAAUUUGCCCUCCUGUCUCCUCCAAGUGCAUCAAUACGGAAGGUGGUUAUGUGUGCCAGUGCUCAGAAGGCUACCACGGAGAUGGGAUUCACUGUCUCGAUAUUGAUGAGUGCCACUUGGGGGUGCACAGCUGCGGAGAGAAUGCCAACUGCACAAAUACAGAGGGAGGCUACACAUGCACGUGUGCUGGCAGCCCAUCUGAACCUGGCCUGAUGUGCCCUGAUUCCGUUCCACCAUCUCACCUCAGGGAAGAUGAGCCUUCUCCCGGCAGAAAUAGUUACCCGGGAUGCCCCGCAUCACACGACGGCUACUGCCUCCAUGGUGGCGUGUGCAUGUACAUUGAAGCAGUGGACAACUAUGCAUGCAACUGUGUGGUUGGCUACGUCGGGGAGCGCUGUCAGCACCGGGACCUCAGGUGGUGGGAGCUGCGCCAUGCCGGCAGAGCUCGGCAGCGGGAUCUCACUGUGGCGAUCGUCUGCGUGGUGCUGCUGCUGCUGCUGCUCCUCCUGGGCCUCUGGGGGGCUCAUUCCUACAGGACUCAGAAGAUGCAAUUAAAACAUCCAAAGAACCCUUAUGAAGAGUCAAGCGGAAAUGGGAGCAGUAACAGGCCUACCGAGACUGGGAUGUCUUCUUGCCCUCAACCUUGGUUUGUGGUCAUAAAGGAACAGCAGGACUUCAGGCAGGGGAGUCAGCCUGUGGCCGGCCCAGAUGGCCAGGAAGCAGUUGUUGGCCACGUGUCCUCCCUGAAGCCAGAAUCAAUACAAGUGAUUCCAGCGGGGAAGGAGCCCCAGAUACUUGGAGUGACCAUGGAACCAGACUGCUUGACUCUACCAUCCUGUGCUCAGGGGAAUGGUCCCCAGCUAAUGGAGCAAAGCUUGCAUCUUCCCUCGCAUGGGGCACAGUCCCUUGCUGUGGGAGUUAAUAAGCUCCAGUUUUUCUCAUCUGCUAAUCCAUCAUGGUAGCAAAGGGCCUCAGAUUCAUCAUACCAGGUGGAACCAGUACAGUGAAAAGCUGGAAUUAUAAGGAAGGCCAAGAGGAACAAACCACACAUGUGGGUAGUAUGGCUCCUUAUAAAUUGUCUAGGAAAUCUACAGAUACUGGGUUCAUAUCCUCUACAACCAAUCAAUUAUCCAGGAAUCUGGACAUAGAUGCAUGAUUAGGCUUUUGUUUCUUCUUUCAGGCAAUCUCACGGCAGAUAUUCAAAUUAAAGUAACCAAGAGAACCACCUGGUAGCAUUAAAAACCAAAUUGGUGCAAUAGUACUUUAUAAGCUAUGCUGUCUUUGAUAGUAAAUAUAGAUAUUUUCUUCCUUCGUGUAGGCUCAGAAUGGGAUUAGAACAGACAGUUCCAUGGUUUUGGUCAGUUAUAAAGCAAGCUUUUGAUCUAGUCAGACCAUUUAGCUCAACUAGAUGGAAAUAUUGGAAUAUCAUUUUUAAGUUACAACAUAAUCUUUAACUGAUCUUCAGUUUGGUCCCUGCUAGUAACUUUGCAGAAUGAAUUGUGAUAAAUCCGUGAACCAAUUUCCUCAAAGUUAAACAGCUUAAUUUUUCUAUUUUAAAAUCUUUGGAAAGAUUUAACUUCUAAAUAUUACCCAAGAGACUUUCCCUGCCAUUACUGUCAAUUGUCACCAUGUCUUCUCCAGUGAAAAUACUGAAUUUUCCCACUGUGUGUUUGUA